GGGGUUUUUUCGUGCACCUGGCAACCACGCACCAUUCGCUUUCAGCAGAGAAGUAAGCGCAGUUACACACUUCAUCGAAGCUGUUGUCCCGUCCCGCUUUUAGGAUCUUAUUUGAACCCGUUCCCUUCUAAACUAAACCGAAUGGGAUGCGGAGUCCUUCACGGUUUAUUUCAGUAGUAGUCUGUUGUGUACAGAGCUCAAUCCUGUGUCCUGAGGGUAAUUUUAGCUCACUGCAUUGCAGCCACUAGAGCUGCUGCUGGAUUCAAACAGCUCCACAAUGGCGACUCCCAGUCCCAGCACCAAUUCACCAACUUCAUGCAAUAGGAGCAUUAGCAUUUCGGGAUCCGUGUUACAUCAGACGCAUCAUUUAACGACAGUUAGCAACAUGCAAGAUUCCAACACAUGCUGCAGGUGUCAAAAUGAAACAGGAUUUCAAAUAAAUCUGUCUGGAGUUACCCAAAGUAAACGCAAAGCACUUAAGUUAAACUUUGCCAAUCCACCGGUCAAACCAACCGCAAGGCUCCCCAUCACGACGGUUACUCCUCCAUUCCAGAACCCACACAUAGAGAGGAUGCGGACACACAGUAUCGAGUCGUCAGGAAAACUGAAGAUUUCUCCAGAACAGCAUUGUGACUUCACAGCUGAGGACCUGAAGGAUCUGGGGGAAAUUGGGAGGGGAGCCUAUGGCUCAGUCAACAAGAUGGUGCAUAAACCCAGUGGUCAAAUCAUGGCUGUCAAGAGGAUUCGCUCCACUGUUGAUGAGAAAGAGCAGAAACAGCUUCUCAUGGAUUUAGAUGUAGUGAUGAGGAGCAGCGACUGCCCAUAUAUUGUCCAGUUCUACGGAGCCCUGUUUCGAGAGGGCGAUUGUUGGAUAUGUAUGGAACUUAUGUCUACCUCCCUCGACAAAUUCUACAAAUAUGUAUAUUGUUCAUCAGAUGAUGUCAUUCCAGAGGAGAUAUUAGGCAAAAUUACAUUAGCAACUGUGAAAGCACUGAAUCACUUGAAAGAAAACUUGAAAAUCAUCCACAGAGACAUCAAACCCUCCAACAUUCUUCUGGACAGAAAUGGCAACAUUAAGCUUUGUGAUUUUGGUAUCAGUGGACAGUUAGUUGACUCAAUUGCCAAGACCAGAGAUGCUGGAUGUAGACCUUACAUGGCUCCUGAACGGAUAGAUCCCAGUGCAUCUAGACAAGGCUAUGAUGUCCGCUCGGAUGUUUGGAGUUUGGGAAUCACGUUGUACGAGCUUGCCACGGGCCGUUUCCCCUAUCCCAAAUGGAACAGUGUGUUUGAUCAGCUGACACAGGUGGUGAAGGGUGACCCUCCUCACCUCAGCAACUCUGAAGAAAGGCAGUUUUCACCCAAAUUUAUCCAAUUCGUAAACCUAUGCCUUACAAAAGAUGAGUCGAAGAGGCCAAAGUACAGAGAACUGCUGAAACAUCCAUUUAUUCUGAUGUACGAAGAGCGAAUUGUGGACGUUGCCAGUUAUGUGUGUAGAAUAUUAGAUCAGAUGCCCACCUCCCCCAGCUCUCCCAUGUAUGUUGACUGAUGGUGACCGGUCUGUUGAACAGAGUACGGAUCGGCAACCAUCUGGUGUACAUACAGCGCCUCACAAAACUUUUAACCAAUUGGAAUUUUUACUGAAUUACAAAUCCUACUUUGAAAUAUUGAUCUCUGUGAUGAUAGUUUUAUUUCAAAGCACUGACAUUCCUGUGUCACUUUUAAAAAGUGUGUCAUACCGGAGAGCGAGAUGGAUGGGCCAGAGCAUGCAUACGAUUGCUUUACUGUACAAAUGCAAUUUAUAAUGCUAAAGUGGUUGUCUAUUUCAGUGCUUAGAAAUAAAUUAUUACAGAGGACAACGAUGAAAUGGCUUUUAUUAUUCAGUAAAAUGAAAGAAUUGGUUAAUAGUCCGAAUCCUAUCACAUACAGGUAUGAAGAAACAUGUGAUUGUGUUCACUUCCCAGUAAAUCCCAAAUGUUUUGUGCAAUAAGGAUCGGCUCUCAUUUAAAGCCAUUUGAACCACGGUGUGUAAACAAACGCUAGCUUCAGAUCUCAACAAAACAGCCUUUCUUAUUUCUUUUGUCUUGUGCUGCAUUUGUGUGUAUGCUUGUGAGAAAUCAUUACGAAGCAAAACUUGAAUUUGCUUAAAUCAAGAAGACCAUCAGAUCCGGAUUUCUCUGUUAAAUGGAUAAACUCACCAAAAUGAAUUAAGAAAAGGCACUGGUGUUUUGCUUUAUGUGUACAGAUAACCAGCAAAGCAACGCUCGAAUUUCACACAAUCUCUUUAUUUAAUAAAUCUGUAUGCAAUGAAAUGUGUUAAAGUAGCUUUACCUGCUAAAUAUGCAAUAUAAAUGUCACGAUUCAAAUGGUUUACUAUAUCAAAGUCUUGUGAAUGUUUUGAUACGCGGGCACUUCUCAUCCACUGUAAGUGUGUAUACACAGACAUUUUCCUUGCCAACAUUGUUAACCUGUAGAAAAGAGGAUUCACCAAAAGCUUGUCCUUUAAGCAUGUGCUCAUUGGAUUUGGCAUGCGAGGAUAAAAUGUGUCCCUUUAUUCACAGAUUUUAAGAAAUGUACAGUGGUUAUCGAAAAAUAUAAAAGCUUUGCCACGUGCCAACUCAUCAAUAUAUGGCAUUUAUUUAUCAGCAGUCUCUGUGGUGGUUGUCAAAUGAUCAACUUUUCACAUGCAGAAUGUUUAAUAAUGGGGUUAAAUAAUUGUAAAGGGCGAUGUGUAUUAUAUUGUAUCAAAAUAUGUACAGAAAAAUGAUCACUGUGAAAAUAUUUUAAGUGUAUGGUGAGAAAUUGUAACAAGGAAAUGUGCAGGGAUUAAUGGCGUAUAUGUUCUGGAUACAUUAACCUGCUUCGGCCUAUUUGUCUUAUACACAUCGCAUAUUUAAUGAGGACGUAUAUGAAACCGACUAAUAUGAUCCUGCAGGUCAGUUUGAAUGUGGCUUUGACUUUGUUUGUUAGAUCCGAAAACACAGUUGGGAUAAAUGCUAGAAUAAAACCAAGUACUCAGCCGUU